CAAAUUAAAUAUCAUCAAUAAUAUGUUUUAUUAUAUUCCACUAAAAAUGGGAAUUAGAUACCAAAAUGUUGCUGCAUGCGCAGCACUGGUACUUUUGAUGGUAAUGGCUGAAAUUGCAGGCAUUUGUGCAAAUUCAAGUACUCUCCUCCACUCUCCAUGUCUUGAAAGAGAGAGGCAAGCUCUUGUGAAGUUCAAAGCAUCCCUGAGUGAUCCAUUUAACAUGCUUUCCUCCUGGCAUGGCCAUGACUGUUGCCGAUGGGAAGGGAUCGGCUGCGACAAUGUUACUGGUCAUGUUGUCAUGCUUGAUCUCGCCUCUCCUUGCGAUCAAUAUUUAGAAGCUGGGAAUGUUAAUUCAUCGCUGCUGGAACUGGAAUACUUGACUCAUUUGGACUUGACUGGAAUUUAUUUCCAUCAGAGUCACAUACCGAUGUUCAUUGGUUCUAUGCACCGCCUGAGCUAUUUGUCCCUCUCUGAUGCUGGUUUUGGCGGGAAAAUACCCAGCAAUCUUGGAAAUCUUACCAACCUCCAAUUUCUUGAUCUGAGUUGGAAUGAAUUUUCACCAGCCAGCAACAUCAAUUGGAUUUCUCAACUGUCAUUGCUGGAGCAUCUCGACAUGAACCAGGCUUAUUACGAAACAUUUCAGGUUAAUAUUAUUAAUCUCACCAUCAUUGCUCCUAAACUUCAAUUCCUAAGUCUUGCUGCCAAUGGACUUAGUGUGUCAAAUUUGGAUGCUUUACAAAACAUGACAUCUCUUGUGCAUCUUGAUCUUGGUGGGAACAAUCUUACUUCAAUUCCAUCUUGGUUUGGCAACUUUAAAAAACUUGAGUAUCUUGAUCUUUCAGGGUGUGGGCUUCAUGGUCCAAUUCCAAAUGCUUUUCAAAAUGCAACUUCUAUUGAAUUAUUAAACCUUUCUGAGAAUAAUUUUGACUCUCUUCCAUCUUGGUUUCACAAGUUUGAGAAACUCAAGCAUCUUUUUCUUUCAUCUAAUAACUUCCAUGGUACAAUUCCGGAUGCUUUACAAAAUAUGACUAGCAUUGAGUUCCUUGACCUUUCUGACAACUCUUUCACUUCGCUUCCAUCUUGGUUUGUUGAGUUAAAGAAACUUGUCUAUCUCAGUCUUUCAAGUAAUAAAUUAACAUAUAUGGAAUGUUCCAUUUCAUCCAUUUUAAAACAUAUGUGUCACCUGAAAAGGUUAUAUAUAGGAGGAAGCAACCUCCUAACAGAAUCCAUUGGAAACAAUGAUUUGUCUACCUGCAUUAGACAUGAUUUGGAGGAUCUUGACUUGAGUGAAAAUAACUUUAAUGAUUAUUUGCCAUCUUGGUUAGGACAACUUGAAAAUCUAGGCAAUCUCUAUCUCCAAGAUAAUUUUUUCUAUGGUCCCAUUCCCUCUUCUUUUGGAAAAUUACUGAAUUUGAAGAAUUUAUAUUUGUCCAAUAAUAAAUUAGAAGGGAACCUUCCUAAUUUCAUGGGACAACUUGUAAAUUUACAACAUUUUGAUGUCUCAAAUAAUUAUUUAGAGGGAAUUAUUCCUGAAAAUCUUGGAAAACUUGUAAAUUUACAAGUUCUUGAUGUCUCAAAUAAUUAUUUAAUGGGAUCCAUUCCUUCGAGUCUUGGUCAACUAAUAAAUCUAACUAACCUUGAUUUGUCAAAUAAUUAUUUAAAAGGAAUCAUACCUACAAGUCUUAACCAACUUGUAAAUCUUAAUCGGCUUGAUCUUUCAAGGAAUAAACUAGAUGGGAGAAUUUGUAUUAAUUUUCAAAAACUUGGGGUUCUAUCAUACUUGGAUCUAUCUUCAAACAAUUUGAAUGGACCCAUUACAGGGGAAGAAAGUUGGCCUUUGCUUAUCCCAGAAAUGGUGUAUUUGAAUCUCUCCCAUAAUCAAAUCAGUGGCUCACUUCCUGAACAUAUUGGUCAUAUAAUGCCCUCUUUGGGGGACUUGAUUCUUGGAAAUAAUCUCAUAAAUGGUUCAAUUCCAAAAUCAUUGUGCCAAGUUGAUUUGCAUAUCCUUGACCUUUCAAAUAACAGGCUAUCUGGUAAAAUCCCCAAUUGUUGGAAAGAUAACAAAGUAUGGGAAGAAAUAAAUUUGUCAUCCAACAAACUCUCAGGGGAUGUUCCAAGUUCAUUUGGGAAUCUUUCCUCUCUAAGAUGGUUGCAUUUGAACAAUAACCGUCUUCAUGGAGAGUUUCUAGCAUCUAUGACAAAUUUGCCACAUUUAUUGAUUAUGGAUCUCGGAGAGAAUCAACUUUCUGGCACCAUCCCAUCAUGGAGUGCUAACACAUUUUCUUCACUACAAAUUCUAAGAUUGCAGCAAAACAUGCUGAGUGGUAGCAUUCCUUCACAGAUAUGUGAACUAUCAUCACUUAAAAUCUUGGACCUUUCUCGCAACAAUUUAAAUGGUUCAAUACCUUGUUGCAUAGGCAAUCUUGGAGGAAUGACUCUUGAGGCUUCCACUUUGUCUCCUACUUCUCAAUCCCACUUUGUACGAGUAUUUGAAUGGGGUUGGGAAGCUAACGAUGUUAUAGAAGCCAUGAAAGGAAGAGAACUUGACUACAUAAGAAUCUUGAAGCUUGUAGUCAUCAUGGAUUUGUCCCAGAAUAAUUUGGUUGGCUCCAUUCCAAAAGGAAUAACAUUGCUCAAUGCUUUGCAUAGCUUGAAUCUAUCAAACAAUCAUUUGAUCGGAAAGAUCCCUUACAUGAUACGGGAUAUGACAUCACUUGAAUCCUUUGACGUUUCAAGUAACAAACUCUCCGGUACAAUUCCAAGCAGCAUGAUAGCUUUAACAUUACUAACUCAUUUAAACUUGUCAUACAAUAACUUCUCUGGACCAAUUCCCACAUAUAACCAGUUUUUAACUUAUGAUUCAUCAAGUUAUGAUGGAAACCCAUAUCUUUGUGGAUCUCCUCUACCCAACGAAUGUGGUCCACAUCAAGUUCCUGGGAGCAAUGAAUUUGAAGAUGAACACAGACCGACCAAAAAAAAAAAAAAGAUGAAGACAGCAAAGCAGAUAGGUUGGAAAAGUGGUUGUUUUACUUUGUUAUUGCAAUUGGCUUUGCUACUGGGUUUUGGUGAGUUAUUGGGACUUUGUGGUUUAAUAAAACUUGGAGGCACGCUUACUUCAGAUGGGUGGAAGAUUUAGCCGACACGAUCUAUGUCACAACUACAAUAAGAAGUGGAUGAUGAUGAGAAGCCGUGUUGUUGCUUGAUCAUGUAUUCAUGUGUGUUUUUAUUUUUAUUUUGAAGAAUCAAAGGUGGAAAUAAAUUAAGGAAAGUGAAUGAUGUUUGAUGCAUGUAUGAAUGUAUGUGUAUGCAUGAAUUUGUAAUAGAGAUUGUCAUUUGAUGUUUAAUCUCCUGAAGAACCUCUGCAUAAAACAGAACAACAUAUCUAACAAAAUUAUAAAUUGAAGUUGAGUUUAUAGCUCCCUUCUGCAA